UUUGGGUAACCAUUGACUUCUUGUUUGUACCAGAACAGAUAGGGAGUUCGGUCACUGGUCUUAAAUGUGCAGUCAAGUGUAAGUGUGUCUCCUUCAGCAGCGCUCACUCCUCCUGCUGGCUGGGUCACUGUGUCUUGUCCUUUACACUCUGGGGAAGAAGAGACCAUGCAGAGGAAGAGAUGAAUCAAUAAAGAUGAUGGAUUAAAGGAGAACAAUCAGUAGCUUUAAACAGUUACCAGAAACAUGUUGUAGUUUCUAUCUUACCAAAGGAGAGAGCAGCAAGAAUAAUCCACAGCCAAUGUUCCAUCUCUACAACAAGGUUUAAAUCAGCAGCAGGAAGUAGCUGAUGCUCAGCAUUCAGGGUGAGGAUUGUUCUCUUCACAGCAGCACUUAUUAUUGACUGAAUGGUUGAACACAGUGCAGAAGUCGUGCACCGCCUACUUGAUGAUGUGGCCCUCUAGUGGAGGUGAACAGCUCAGUACACCAGUGUGGAGAAAAGGCUUCCAGCAGCUUGUCAGUGUGUCAGCUGGUGUUUUUGUACAGAGUGUUGGUGUUUCCUGUCACUGUGGGCCUCACAGCACAGUAGUACACAGCAGAGUCUGUCACUGCAGCAGAGGAGAUCUGCAGAUCCAUUUGGGUUUUACCCUCACUCACUUGAACAGACAGUCCAGAAACUGGAUUCAACAUAAUACCUCCUGAUUCCAGAUGGGAGAUGAUCAAGAUUGGUGGUUUUCCUGGAUAUUGUCGAUACCAGUAGAAAUAAUCACUGUUGGAGUAUCUGCAGGACAGAGUAACAGGGCUGCCUUCUGGACUGAACACUUCUUCAUCAAGUGAAGUCAGAACCUCACACUUGAUACCUGAAUGAAAGAAAUGAACCCGUCAUUUAAUGCUUUAAGAGACUGAACACAUUCAUCUUCAGAUGGUAAUGGAAGUAGAAUUAAAGCAGAAGGUAAACUACCUUUUAGAACAAGAAGAAUCUGCAGAUAAAACACAAACACAUCCACUGACAGCAUGAUGAUGAAGGUGAUGAUGAUGAUGGUCUGUGUUGAUCUCUGGUGAUGAUGAUGAUGGUCUGUGUUGAUCUCUGGUGAUGAUGAUGAUGGUCUGUGUUGAUCUCUGGUGAAUAUGGAAGUUCCUCUCUCUUCUGUAGUUCAGGAACAUCUUAGCUCCUCCCUGAAUCUCUCUGUCUCCUCUCAGAUCUGUACUUCUCUUCUUUCAGUUACUCUUCCUCCUGGUUAUCAGACUGCUAGCAGCAUGUUGUACCUGGCUGCUGCAGGUUAUCAAUGUCAUAGUUUGGUGAUUCCUUUAUCAAUAAAUGUCAUUAUAAAACGUUUGAAACAGGAGUAAUUAACCAAAGAAAUCCAGCUGCCGUGUUUCCUGGAUUAUAUCAGACUCCUCUUUUUGAUAUUGUCUGCAAAACAAAGACAAUUCUUCACAUAAAGCAGCAUGUAGAUAUAACAUGAGAGGAUCUAUGAUUGAACCCUGCGGUAUUUGAAAUCAUAGACCAGCAGAGAAACUUAUUCUAUAAGAUAAGUUUGUGCAGCACACCAGUUCAUGGAGAUUCUGCAUUGAAAUGUCAUCAAUAGCGAGUUAAAUAUGACCUAAAUCCAUCAGUCUGUUGAGACUGGUGCAAUGAAGUUGAGCAGUAUUGUGUUGUCUUUGCUCCAAAGGUUUUUGUACAGAGUGCUGGUGUUUCCUGUCACUGUGGGCUGCAGACAUGUUACAACACAAGCUUCCCGUCUCAGAGAGCUUUGGUGGUUGCCUUAGAUUUAGUCAGAAGGCUCAGAGAGUUUGAACAACAUGCUGACCGUUCUUGAUCCAACUAAAUGUGCCAUUAAAGCGGACCCUCCCAGGGAGAAAUGAUUGUUUCUAAUUAUUCUGACAACAUUAUGAGUUCUACAUUUGCCCAUUCUGAACCUUUCUAUUGAGGUUCCUAAAGAUCGAGGCAGCACUUCUCCCGUAAUUGAGCUGACGACAAACCGAGCAGGAAACAAACCUCCGUGCAGAGGGAGCUAUAUGGUUUAUUUUUGAAAGGCUGUCUCUAAGGCCUGUGAUUGGACGGUUGCUUGUUGGUUUUUUGGCAUGGAUAAAGUUCACCUCUCCAUUUAAGCUUACAUUAACUUUGUGUUCCUGCCGCCCUCUGUUGGACACUCACACUCACAUGUAAACCAAUCACAAAGCACUUUGUGUUUUGUGUUAACUGUGCCCUUUAUUUUCAGUGUUUAAACAGAAAGGAAAUUCAGGUUUUGUUUCAUUUAGAUUUUUCAAAUCUGUCAUGUUGAUCCAACUCACCUGUCAGUAACAAUAUAAAGUAUGAGCUUUUGUAAUAAAUGCACUGUAUUUUGCCAGCUAUGUUUUCAGAGGGUGUUCAAUAUUUAGAGGGCUGUAUUUUGCAUAUUGUUUUAUGUAUUCUAUUCAUUAUUUCUUAUAACCUGUUUUAUUUUUAUUCUGUAUAAUAUAAAAGAUGCUUUUCAAAUGAAGUGUAUUAUUGUCGUUUUUAUUGUAUUAUUAUGAAUAUUUACUGGCUUUUAUUUUAUUAUGUCAUGUAUUCCAUGUAGUUUUCCUUAAAUCAUAUGUUUAAUAUUUUACUGUUGAAUUUGUAGUCUGUUUAAUAUAAAAGGUUACUUUCCACAUGAAGUCUAUUAUUGUUGUAUUGAUUUGUGUUGUAUUAUUAUUGGUGUUAGCACCGUGGUUAGCACAGACAGGGCGUGGGUCCUUUAACGCUGGAGAACAAUGCAGAUGAUUGGUCAGCAGAAUCACAUGGCUGCUAUUCCUCCAAUCAGUGGCCUUGAUGUUGAAACGUGAGUGUGCUGGCUGAAGAACCUCCAGCCUGUAUCACUGACAGUAGACCACAGUAUCUGUGAUUAAACUCAGCAGAGGUUAACCCGGGAAGGAACGCUCUCAUCUGCCGGGACGAACACCGGGACUUCCGAGACCAUUUCAGAAUGUUUGUGAGCAAUAGGCGCCAAGAUACUUCCGGGUGGCAGAACGCCAGCGGCUUCCCACUGACCUGAAGAGAUCCAGCCGGCUCCUGCUGUGUGAAACGAGGACGAAAACGUGUUGUGUUCAGGGUUGCACCGCCAGAUAAAGCAAAAGGUGUAGGGAUUUCUCGAUUUCCUUCAGAAACAAACUAAAUGUAUCCAGCGGGGCCUGGAGUGUUAAUCAGGCGCUGGUGCAUGGGGGAGUGAGCGUCCACCAUGACCGCGGAGCCCGACCCCCUGCUGGUGGUGAACCAGCUGAGGGACCUGGCCGCAGACCCCAUGAAUCGCCGGGCCAUCGUGCAGGACCAGGGCUGCCUGCCGGGACUCAUCCUGUUCCUGGACAACCCCAACCCCCAGGUGGUCUACUCCGCCCUGCUGGCUGUCCGGUACCUGGCAGAAUGCCGAUCCAACCAAGAGAGGCUGCAGGGCGAGCUGGGGAUGAUGCUGAGUCUGCAGAGCGUCGUGCAGAAGUCCACGACCCCCGGAGAAACCCGGCUGCUGGCAGCGGAGAUCUACGAGCUGCUGGCGGCCGCCGGCAGCGCCUCGGAGCCCGACGGCCCGAUCAGCGGCCGGCGCCGGGCGCAGUUCUUCCUGGGGUCCAGCAACAAGAGGGCCAAGACCAUCACCCUGCACAUCGAGGGGAUGGACGACUGGAGCCGGAGGAACCAGUGUGAGGAGGCCCUGCUGAGGGUCAGAGGAGUCAUCAGCUUCACCUUCCAGAUGAGCCUGAGGAGGUGCAUCGUACGCAUCCGCUCAGACCUGAGGGCCGAGGCUCUGGCGGCAGCGAUCGGCUCCACCCAGGUGAUGCGGGCUCAGCAGGUGGUGAGGGGGGAGGAGGGGGAGGAGGUUCUGGUCCCGCUGGCGGAGGAGGGUUCAGCAGCAGAGCAGAACGUGGAGCUGCCUGACUAUCUGUCCGAGGAUGAGAGUCCAUCUGUGGACCCCGACCAGGCGGUGACCCGGGUGGGAUCGGACCGGGACGGGAACAGCUGGCUGGGCGCCGCCACCAACUUCAUGUCCCGCUCGUUCUACUGGUGAUGCUCCGCCUCCUCUCAGAACCACAGCGCUGCCAGACGCCACGGCGGGUCAGAACCGGGGUUGCUGACGGCGUGGAGCCGGGACCACGGGUCCGUCUGACGAGACGUCUGAAGGGACAGGAAGAACCCUCCCCCUCCGACUGCUUCUUACUUACUUACGCGUGUGUGUGUGUGUGUGUGUGUGUGUGUGUGUGUGUGUGUGUGUGUGUGUGUGUGUGUCUGUGUCUUGUCUGUGUCUUGUCAGUGAGGGUUUCAGGUUAAUGACACACGGAGCGGACGUGUCUCUGUUAGCUUUGAGCCGGAGGGCACGCUGUGGUCAGCUCUCCCAGGAACAGCUGAGGGCUUCAGUCGCUCUGUCCUCACAGAACUCCAACAAAUACAUUUAGACCAGCUUCAGUCCCGCUCAGAAACACUACAUAUUCAGAAUAAGAACCCUUUAAAGUCCGUCUGUCUCUCGGCCCACAUGGAAGCUAUAAUUUAAUCUGCGUUUUAAUGAAUGGUUUAGUAAUAAAUCACAUUUACUCCUCAGUGUAAGCUCCUGUUCCUGCAUGAACCAAGUCAUUCAGAGGUGUCGGAUUAUAGUUUUGUUAUUAUUAUUACUAUGUAAUGCUUAUUCAUUAUUAUUUAUAUAUUUACCAUUUUAUAUAUAUUUCUUAUUUUUCUUAUUUAUUUCUUAUUUAUAUCCUGAUUAUUAUUUUGUAUUUCUUAUUAUUUUGUAUUUACUUAUUAUUGAUUUUUUUUGUGGUUUCUACUGAAAUCCUGACGUAUCUGUUCUGCUGUUUCUGUGAUGAUGAAUAAAAAUCUGUCCUGAACGUU